GGGGUGAGCAGAGUCUGCAUCAAAAGCAAAGGCUGGGGAUGAAAACCAGCAAAAUACCUCUGGAUUGGAGUAGUUUUCGUGGCACGUGCCCGGACGUUUGCACACAGGCUCUGUGUUUCUUCUGCCGCUGUUUCCCAAGGGGUUAAUUAAGCAGCACGUUUUGUCUGGUGGGAUGAAGAUGAAGGUAGCUGAAUAGAGGCAUGUGAGCCCCAGAGAGCCCCGGUCCCACCUCGCCUGGGAUGCUGAGCACCCCAGCCAUGCCUCAGUCCCACCUCAUGUACCAUUUCUUUCUCCAUCUCAUCCUUAUUUUUCCAGCCGACACCUCUCUAGGAUCCCCAAAUGGACCUGAAAGCCCAGGAAGGUUUGCAUGAAAAAAAAGCAGCGAGCUGGCAAUUAUUCCAUGUCAGUCUGCAUAAACCCUCCUGCCUGUGCUGCCAGAUUUUCCUUAAUGUCUCCUUGUUUUUCCAGUUGUGAGUGAUUGCUCAAGGGAUCUCCUGGCAGAGAGGACUCGGGUUCACUCUUCACAUCCCGUUCAUCUCUAAGGCAUAUGCAUGAAAAUAUGGGUGUGGGUCCUCUCCUCUUCAUAAAGACAAAUUAAAUCUGCUCACGCAACACCGGGCGCAGGCGGCAGAGCCGAAGCGUGUGGCUGUUUAAUAUUCAUUGGCCGUAGAAGUAAAAGUUUUCUUUUCUCAAAUAGCUUUGCACAGCACUGUGCUGCUCCGUUUUCCCUAAACCUUAGUGGGAGGCUGGAAUUUAAUGUUUCCUUUGAUUGUCUCCCCAACUUGCACUGGCUUAACCGAGAAGCAGAAGACCCUCGUUGGGUGCAAAACCUGCUGUGAGGACGAUCCUGGCAUUUUAUUUGCAGUUUUCAAUUCUGUAGUCUGCUGCAGUAGAAUGAUGUCUUUGAAGCACCAACAUGGGAACAAGAAAUUUUGCUUUUAUUUUGAAACAGCAUGAGUUUCUAUGGUAGUUGUGCAUCUAUUUGUGUGUUAUGUUUUAAGAGGAAAAAAUAGUUUUCCCUGUAAUAAUUUGGCAGGUAGAGUCAUGGCUCUCUUUGGUGAUUCUUCCUAUUAAUUAAUUCUUCACCAUCUCAGGUACACUUUGGAAGAAAAAAAAUGAGAAUUUGGUCCCAGUUAAGUUCACAAUAAUUAAAUCACCUUGAAAUACGUUUCAGUAAGUUAAACCAGAAAGACCUCAGCCUUUUUCCCUGUUAAGUGGGAAGCCGCAAUAAUACAGGGCAGGCUGGCACGCUCGGGCUCGGGGAAGAUAACAGUGGGAAAGAGAUUGCCCGGCAGCGCACAGAGGCGGUGGGAGCAUCCCUGCAGUGCCGGGGAAACGAGGGACUCGGAUGCAAACGGGCACCUGGACACGUCUGAGCCGGCACGUCCCGAGGCUGUGGCCAAGGGGCUCUGCCAAUGCCCACCCGGGAGCUGGCGCAGGCACCACUGCUGCAGGGCUCCGAGCCGCGUCGCCGGUGUGAACAUAGGGACAUCCAUUAUACAUAACGGGUGUCAAUAAUGCAUGGGAGGAUAAUGUUUCCGUCCUGCUGGAGGACUUUGGUGCAAAAGAGCAGACGGAGCAGUGGUGGUACAGCAUCCCGUGCACGCUGGCGCUGAGACAUGGUGGGACAAGCAGAGCGGCUGGACCGUGCCCACUGAACAUCCCUAGGGCACGUUAAAAUCUAUAGGUGACACAGAGUGUUCCGAGGACCUGGAGGCGGCAGCACCAGUGUGGCUGUACCCGCGCCGGGGUGAACUCACAGUGGGAUUUUGCAGACAGUUCGAUAUCGAGCAGUCAAAGCCUGUUAGCAGGAAGGCUAUUUAAUUCCAUCACAGAAUAUCCCACCUCGUUUGCAUAUUAAUCUCUUUGUUGGGUGCAGCUUUCGCGUUGCAGUCAGGAUGCAGCUGAGCCCGUCUCAUGGAUUAACUGCCAUCACAGUAUUUUCCUUUACAUGGGUGCAUUUACUUUAUGGCCAUAGGGGUAUUUCCUUCUUCCCCGUAGAGGCUCUUGCUGAUUUACCUGUGCCCAUGCCUGAACUAGCUGGGUAUUAUUAGUGAGCCCUGCAUUCCUCCAGUCCCCGCCAGCACGGCACGGCCACUUACAUCAGCACCAACAGUCUAUUCCCUAAAUUAUUCAGAAUUACUGCUAUUGCCUUAUUUCUUCUCCAAAGACAAGCACACUUUGGAGGGUACUAAAAAUAAAUGGUUUUGCGGACAACUGAAUGUAUUUUUUAAAGGAGAUGGCUCCCAUCGCUUUUGCCUGUGCAGAGGAAAGCCUAACCCUGCCUUUGCACACGCUGUUACCGGUGUCACCCAGCCAGGGUAAGGGGCUUGGUGGCACCACAGGGGCUUGGCUUCAAGGAGGAAAUGAGUGGUAGAAGUAACAAAACUCUGAAAAAAAAUCCCAGUUACCCACCUGCAGCCUCUAUCUUCAUACUUUUUUUUUUAAUGAAAAAGAAUUGCAAAAAGCACCCAAGGUCCCGAGUGGAGGGUCCCAAGGACGCCCCAUAAGCACUGGCUGGGGGAUGGCCGGUGGGCUCCUGCCAGACCAGGAGCUCCAGGACCUCCAGCUUGGGAUGCAGUGAUCUUUCCAGUACAGCCUUAAUUUUUAUUUGCUGGAUAAAAUGUCCUGGAUGGAAUUUACUUGGUGUCAAGCUGCGUCCUUGCUGGGUCUGCUCAAACCAGCAUGGGCAUCCCCCCACUGACAGGGUAGUUUUAGCUUCAUCCAGGACAUGUGCUUAUUAUUAGCCUUGUUUCUAAGAAGUGCUUUGUAAGCAGGAGCCCGUAUUGGUUAAUGCCAUGAAACAUUAAUGACUUAGCAGGUGAGCUGCGGUCCUCCCGCAGAGCAGCUCGCAGCUCCCCAGCAGCCAGCGUGGCACAGGAUGAGCCCGGCAGUGCUUUGCUUAGGGGAGGCACAAGCAUUAAAGCCAAACCCAAGUCAUACCUGAAGCCAGCUGAAAAAUAUGAUGAAGAGAAAAGAGGUAUCGCGGCGCUCGGGACCCCCGUGCCAUGAUCACAGCCCGCAAAACCUGGGAUCUGGGAGCCGUACCCUCGGCGAGAGCCGCCUGGAAGACGAAGGACCUUUCCCUGGACGGCUGUGGGCAGGACACACUCAUCACUGGGAGUGGAGUGGGCGCCUCUCCCCAGGUUCCUCUGCUGCCUAAGCUUGUUCACCAUAAAAUCCUCCGCGUGAGCUGGCUGGACGCUGCAAACCCCCACAGGCUCUGCCUGGCUCUCCAGGCCCUGCAGGAGGCGGCAGGUGAGCGGAGGGAGGAGAGCCGGCGCCGGGCCCCAACACCAGCCACGGAGGAGCCACUGGCGUCCCCCCGUGAGCCGGCAGCUGCCAGGCUGGUGCAGGCAGUCUCCACCAUGAACCUGGAGAAAGCAGGAGGGAGGCUCUGCAGUGGGAAACGUGCCAGCCUGCCAGCGGCCCGACCCUUCCCGGUGAUCCAGAAGGUGAUGGCCUCCAUGGCGCAUCUGCAGGAGGAGAAGCUGCGGCUGCAGGAGGAGCUGCUGGGGCUGCAGGAGAAGCUCGCUGCCCGGGAGAAUGACGAGCUCUCCCGCUCUCUCCAGCUGCAAGGCCAGGUUGAAACUCUGAAGGCGAAGCUCCUGGAGCAGGCACAGGAGAUCGGCCGGCUGCGCUCGGAGCUGGGUGGCACGGAUGCGGAGAAGCACCGGGACCUGCUGGCGGCCGAGAACGAGCGCUUGCGGCAGGAGAUGAAGGCGUGCGAGGGGGAGCUGCGGGAGCUGCGGCGGCAGCAGCAGGCACCGUGCCGGGACUGUGCCCACCUCCAGGAGAAUGCCGGGCUGCAGGAGCGGCUGUCCCAGCUGCAGCGGGAGGCGGAGGAGAUGCGGGCCAAGCUGGCGGAGCUGGACCUGGAGGUGCAGCAGAAGACGAACCGCUUGGCCGAGGUGGAGCUGCGGCUCAAGGACUCCCUGGCCGAGAGAGCCGAGGAGGAGGAGCGGCUCAGCCGGCGGCUGCGGGACAGCCAGGAGACCAUCGCCAGCCUCAAGUCCCAGCCCCAGCAGAUAAAGUACAUCAUCAAGACAGUGGAGGUGGAGUCAGCCAAGGCAAAACAAGCCCUGUGCGAGAGCCAGUCCCGAAACCAGUACCUGCAGGAGCAGGUGGGGAUGCAGAGGCAGGUGCUGAAGGAGAUGGAGCAGCAGCUGCAGAGUUCCCAAAAGACGGCGGCUCAGCUCCGAGCUCAGAUCAUGAUGUACGAGGCCGAGCUGGAGCGAGCCCACGGGCAGAUGCUGGAAGAGAUGCAGGCGAUGGAGGAGGAGAAGAACCGCGCCAUCGAAGAGGCGUUUUCCCGUGCCCAAGUGGAGAUGAAGGCGGUGCACGAAAACCUGGCGGGUGUCCGGACCAACCUGCUGACGCUGCAGCCGGCACUGCGCACCCUCACCCACGACUACAACAGCCUGAAGCGUCAGGUCCGCGAUUUCCCCCUGCUCCUCCAGGAGACCCUGCGGAGCGCCAGGGCCGAGAUCGGCCAGGCCAUCGAGGAGGUGCACAGCACCAACCGGGAGCUGCUGCGCAAGUACCGGCGGGAGCUGCAGCUCCGCAAGAAGUGUCACAACGAGCUGGUGCGGCUGAAAGGAAACAUCCGUGUUUUUGGGCGAGUCCGCCCCAUCACAAAGGAGGAUGGCGAGGGCCCGGAGGCGGCCAACGCGGUGACCUUCGACGCCGAUGAUGAUGCCGUCCUGCAUCUCCUGCACAAGGGGAAGCAGGUGUCCUUCGAGCUGGAUAAGGUCUUCCCCCCACAAGCAUCCCAGGAGGAGGUGUUUCAGGAGGUUCAAGCCCUGGUCACCUCCUGCAUCGACGGCUACAACGUCUGCAUCUUCGCCUACGGGCAGACGGGGGCAGGAAAAACCUACACGAUGGAGGGAACAGCAGCCAACCCAGGAAUCAACCAGCGAGCCCUGCAGCUCCUCUUCUCCGAGGUGCGGAGCAAGGCAGCCGACUGGGACUACGCCAUCAGCGUCAGUGCUGCUGAAAUUUACAACGAGGCGCUCAGGGACUUGCUGGGGAAGGAGCCACAGGAGAAGCUGGAGAUCAAGCUGUGCCCCGAUGGCAGUGGGCAGCUCUACGUGCCUGGGCUGACCGAGUUCAGGGUGCAGAGCGUGGAGGACAUCAACAAGGUCUUUGAGUUCGGCCACGUCAACCGGGCAACGGAGUGCACCAACCUGAAUGAGCACAGCUCCCGCUCCCAUGCCCUCCUCAUCGUCACGGUCCGUGGCCUUGACCGCAGCACGGGGCUCCGCACCACAGGGAAGCUGAACCUGGUGGACCUGGCGGGAUCGGAGCGGGUCGGGCGGUCGGGCGCAGAGGGCAGCCGGCUCCGCGAGGCGCAGCACAUCAACAAGUCCCUCUCGGCAUUGGGUGACGUCAUUUACGCCCUGCGCUCCCGGCAAGGCCACGUGCCCUUCCGCAACUCCAAGCUGACCUACCUGCUGCAGGACUCCCUCAGCGGCGACAGCAAGACCCUCAUGAUGGUGCAGGUCUCCCCCGCUGAGAAAAACACCAGCGAGACGCUGUGCUCCUUGAAGUUCGCCGAGAGGGUUCGCUCAGUGGAGCUGGGUCCCGUCUCCCGCAAGGCUGAGCUGGCCUCCUGGCCCAGCCAGGAGCAGCUGGAGGGUGACUCGCCGGGGACCGUGGCACCCUCUGGCCGGGGCCACGCGUCCCCCAGCCCGGGGCAGCUCUCCGGCCGUGCCGCCUCCAUCCGCAGAAAGCUCCAGACCUCAGGGAAGCUGAGGCCAGUCCCCGUGUGACAAGUGCCAGCCCUGGCACCAAACCCACUGCAGGAACCAGCCCCUCAUGGUGCUACCAAGAGCUGGCUGCUGGAAGACAUGAAGGCUUCGGUGCCAUCCCCUUGCCCACCAGGACCCACGACCAGAGGGUGAUGGCACCUCUCGCCAUGAGCAGCACGGGGCUGAGCUCUCCCAGCAGCCAGACCCCUCUCUUAGCGGGGGGGGGCGGUGGUGCUGGGCAGGGAUCUGCCCCCUCAGAUGCUCAGCUCUGACUUAUUUUUGCUGGACAGCUGUUUUUAGCCAGAGCAGGGAGCUGCUGGGUGCUCCCUCCAUCUUUCCAGCUUUAACAACAGUCAAGGUAUCUGUCUGGAGGGGACUUGGAGCCAGGCGAACCCCUGGACAUGUCUCUGCUAUCACCAUGGGGCCAGCCUGGCCACAGCUCCCCCAAGACUGCAUCCAGACUAGCUGCCUGAUGUCUUUCGGAGCAGUGCUUCCUCCAUUUUAAGCCAGAAAAAAAAUCCCAGCAGCUCCUUUCCCCGUAGGUUUCUCAAGCCCUGUUGUUGCAUGAAGGCACACCAGUGCCGUGCAUGAGCCAAGCUGCCAUUCAUCGUGGUGCCAGUGCUGCCAGGGCCCUGCACCAGCUGCCCUGGCACAGAGGGAGAAUGGUCGCAGGGCUGCCUGUGUUACACAGCACCAGGGUGGAUUUAGCAGUCUCAAAUGGAGCUAUUGUAAAGUUAUUUACCAGUUGUCUUGUCAAGAGAGAUCACAGUGUGGUCGAGAUGAAAGUGUUUGAAAUAUUUACCUGUUUACAUGGUCUUGGAAUGGAAAACAAGUUGAAAACAAACAAA